AAAAGCAUAAAAAAGAGUCCGUAGUUAAGUAAGGUGCUUCAACCGACUAACCGGCGCGUGCAAAGACUCUCCGGGAACUGGACCGCACCCAGUUCAGUUCAUCAGUAAAGUAUCUACCACGCGCAAAAAAUCCGCCUAUGUAAACAUUUCAAAUUUUCAGAAUAGAAAUUCCGCGCCACCAAAAGCCUCUUUCGCUUCAACUACCGCGUUAACAACAACACCCAAACCAAACAACUCCUUAUUAGUGCGUGCAUUACACGUUCCAAACAACAGCGUGAAACCGCAUUCUUAAGAAUUGGUGCUAUUUUGUUUCUCGCGUUAGAUUUUGCGCUACACCCCCAGACGCGUGCGGUUUCACUGUUCUACAGACGAACCCUCUCCGAUCCCGUACACCUGUGACGCGAUAAGACGAUAUACCGUUUUAGAGAGAGAAAGAGAAAGAGAGAAACACUUCAGAGAGUUAUAGAGAGAUAAAGUGCGUCUCGACUCUCGAGAAGAUAGAGAAAGAACGUGUUAUAGAUCUGAAUGGAGUGAAGGUAACUCUAUUCUGCGUGUUUUGUUCUUCGUUUUUUUGUGAACUUGAUCGGUGAAAAACCCUAACGCGUUUAGGUUUUUCUUCACCGGGUUUGAUUCGUUCAAUUUUGGUUACGUUAAACCCUAGAUUCGUAACCUAGGGUUUGGAAUUGUUGUUUGGUUAGGGUGAAUAAGAAUUAGGGUUUUGAAUGAAUGGCUUCGGGGCCUAUAGUUAGAGAUGAGGGGGUUAGAGAGAUACAGAGAUACUCGGAGAAUAACGUGUACAGGAGAAAAGCCUUCAAAGGUUCAAAGAAGAAAGUUAACGACACCUUGAACGAUGUUCCUGUUCCUCGUGCUAGUUCUUCAUCUGCCGCUACCACCACAGUCACUGCUGAUGGAACCAAGGAUAACGGCAACAAUAACAAUGUUUCAGUUCAGCAGCCGGAUCGGGUUAUGGCUCCGGAGGAUGGGAAUUCACCUCGCCCUGUAGUGAAUUCUGGGUUGGAUGUGGUUUCGGAAGACUCGUCCAGCCUGAAUCAUCGGCAGGAUGAACAUUUCACCCUUGAUAUUCAGCUGGAAGAUGCUUCUGGUUUGCUAGAACCGUCUUUGAGGAACUGUGUUAGUAAGCAGGGGGUGGAGAAUGGUGUUCACGAUGGCCUGACUUCACGGUCGAAGCAGGAGACACGGGAGCUUAGGAGGAAGCUUGAGAGUGAGCUUGAAACUGUGAGAUCUUUGGUGAAUAGGAUUGAAGAGAAGCAAGGGAUGGUGGGGAUGUAUGGUGGUAAUCUGAAUAUGUCGGUGGAUUGUCAUACGGUUAAUAAUGGUGGUGGAGCUAAGCGCCCUCACUCUGAGGUAGUAUCUGCAGGUGUUCCAAGAGUGCCUACUAGGCCUUUACGCCCAUUGAGUGUAAUGGUGUUAGAGAAUAGUCAAGGGGUUAGUGAAAUGAUUGAAAGGGAGAAGAGAACACCCAAGGCAAACCAGUUCUAUUGCAAUUCAGAAUUCUUACUUGCAAAAGAUAAGUUUCCGCCUGCAGAGAGUAACAAGAAGUCAAGAUUGAACGGAAAGAAGCAUGGCAGGGGAGAAAUGGGACAUGGGCUUGGGAUAGUAUCAAAAUAUUUGAAGAGCUGUAGCUCAUUGCUUGAGAAGUUGAUGAAACACAAGCAUGGUUGGGUGUUUAAUUCUCCAGUUAAUGUUGAAGGUCUUGGUUUGCAUGAUUAUUUUAUUAUCAUCUCACAUCCAAUGGACUUGGGUACUGUGAAGUCAAGGCUGAACAAGAAUUGGUACAAAUCACCCAAGGAGUUUGCGGAGGAUGUGAGACUUACUUUUCGUAAUGCCAUGACAUAUAAUCCUAAAGGGCAAGAUGUUCAUAUAAUGGCGGAGGAGCUAUUAACAUUGUUUGACGAAAGGUGGGCUAUUAUAGAGGCGAAUUACAAUCAUGAAAUGAGGUAUGUGAUGGAUUAUGGGCAAGCUGUUUCCGCACCUUCACCUCUGUCUAGAAAGACUCCUGCUUUCCGGCCACCACCUCUAGACAUGGGAAGGAUUCUGGAUAGGUCAGAAUCAAUGACAAAACCUCCAAAACCCAUGAACUUUACUCGUUCAGCUCGAACUCCUGCUCCCAAAAAGCCUAAAGCUAAUGAUCUUCAUAAAAGAGACAUGACAUAUGAAGAGAAGCAAAAACUUAGCACACAUCUUCAGAAUCUACCUUCUGAUAAACUAGAUGCUAUUGUACAGAUCAUGAAGAAACAAAAUUCAGCACUUUCCCAACAUGAUGAUGAAAUUGAAGUGGACAUUGAUAGUGUGGACGCAGAGACUCUUUGGGAGCUUGAUAGAUUUGUUACCAACUAUAAGAAAAGUUUGAGCAAAUAUAAGAGGAAGGCUGAACUUGCUAUUCAAGCUAGAGCAGAGGCUGAGCAAAUGGCCCAGCAGAGGAGCCAAGCACAACACGUCAUUGUUGAGGUCCCUAGAGAAAGACAAACAGGUAUGGCAGCUUGUGAACUAUUUUUAUCUCUUAUCAUCUUUUCAUCAAUUAAAUUAAUUGAAAUAUUCUGUCUGCUUGUUUCUGAGCAGAGGAAAGUAAUGCUCCCCCAUCCUUGCCUGUGCAAGGGGAGAUUCAAGUGGAUAAUGGGAGUAAGACAAGUAGCUCAAGCAGCUCAAGCAGUGAUUCUGGCUCUUCAUCAAGUGAUUCUGAUAGUGACAGCUCCUCAGCAUCUGGGUCUGAUGCAAGGUCACCGUGAACCUGAAUACUUCCCGUGAGAUCUCAGAUACAUAGAUUAGGUAGUGUUGCAAUGCUUGUCCAGUUGAUUUUUUUGAAGCUUCCAGAUUAUGGUUCUGAAUUAAGCAUUUGGUUUGUAGAGAAAGCUUCUGAAGGCCACCUUUGAUUUCCUGCUGUGCAGUACAGGAUCUUUAUUUCUCAUUUGAUUAAACUCUUAAUCCGUUGGUAUUUAUGGUUUUAUUUGUGAUAGCAGGCUCCUGUAUAAUAUUUGGUAGGAAUGUGAAGAUAAUUAGAUAGUUUUCUGUAGGAGUGUACAUCGAUUGCUAACUACUGUUACUAAUGAAGUUCCAAGUUCCAUCGAUGGAUUGUUAUUAUUUUGUGCUAGCAGAUUUAGGGUUCUUGGGGUUAAACCAAGAUAUCAUGGAUUUUGCAUCAAUUUGGUUGUACUUAUGUAGGGAGGGCCAUACUUGAGAUUCGAUUACAGUGCAUUGUACUAUGCUUGUCUCACGUAGAAUUAGAAUUUUAUGUUGCUUUCA